UAUAGAUAUGCUCCUCUAGCCACAGAGAAGCAUAGUCCCCUGCCUCUACACAAUUUGGAACUCGUCAUCAUGUUCUUGCUGUCCUUUUCAAUGUAUAUUUCCUGCCUGCUACUUCUCGGGGCCUUUUCUGGCGCCAGUUGUUCCCAUGCCACCCACACCUCGGCUCAGACCUGCGACAUCGAGGUGAUUCGACGAGACGUAUGCAUCAUCGGCGGCGGUUCCUCGGGCACAUAUGCGGCCAUGGCUCUUCGGCAACUCAACCAAAGUGUGGUGGUGGUGGAAAAGAGCGGCCGUCUGGGCGGCCACACCGUCACCUACAUCGACCCGACGACUGACACACCGGUCGACUUUGGGGUCACCCUGUUUGAAGAUUCUCCCGAGACAGUGGACUUCUUCACCCAGCUCGACGUACCUGUCACCAAGGUCGUCCCCGGUCGUGUUCAAACCGUACGACUGGAUUUUCGCACGGGCGAACUUGUGGAUCCGUAUCCAGGAAAUAUAACCGAGGCAUUGGGGCGAUACGCACAGAUUCUUCAACAGUACCCCUACCUUGCUGCGGGCUGGAAUCUGCCAGAUGAGGUGCCGGAGGAUCUGGUGAUGCCGUUUAGCGAGUUUGUGGAGAAAUACGAUCUGGGCGCUGCCAUCGAACUCAUCAGCAUCUACAGCCAGGGUGUGCGGUAUUGGCUGGACUACCCCUCCGUCUAUAUGAUGAAAUUCGUGUCGGAGGCCAUGCUCAAUGCCAUGCAGACGGGAUUCCUCUCCACGGCCCGGCAUAACAACGGCGAGGUGUUCGAAGCGGCGCUGGCGGAGCUCGGAGAGGAUGUGCUGCUCGAUAGCGUGGUGGUGAACGCGUCUCGGUCGGAUGAUGAGACGCACUGGCUGACGGUGCAGUCGGCCGAUGGGGAGAUUACCGUGAUCGAGGCAGAUGCGACGAUUCUAGCGGUUCCUCCAGUGGGACCGGUGUUGGAAGGGCUGGAUGUGGAUGAACCCGAGUCGCUGCUCUUCGAGGAAUUCAUCUACGGGCAUUACUAUGCGGGCUUGGUGCGGGUCGACGGAUACCCCGACGGGCUGCAGAUCAUCAAUCGCGGGGCUGACACCCCCUACACGCUGCCUUCGCUGCCGUGUACCUUUAUGAUCUAUCCCACGGCGGUCCCGGACAUUGUGAUGGUGAGUUAUGGCAGCGAGGAGCCGAUGUCGGAGGCGGACGUGAAGGCGGCCAUCGUGGAAGACAUCCUGGGGCUGGGCGACGCUGGAUAUGAUGUGAGCGACCCAGAAUUUCUCGCCUUUGCCGACCACUCGCCCUUUGAGAUGUCGGUUAGCGGGGAGGCUAUCCAGGCGGGCUUCUACGACUAUCUGAAUGCGCUACAGGGCUACCGCAACACAUACUAUGUGGGGGCGACGUUUGAAUACCCGGGGUCAUCGGCCAUCUGGCGGGGAGUGGAUCAGCUGCUGCCAUCCAUCAUCGAGGGGUUGGCGAGGAAGUCGUAGGAGGAUUCACCGGAGAGAGUGUAGC